AUGGCGGCAGUUUUAAAAAAAAGAGCAUUAGCAGAGUAUAGUACACAAGUAUUAGAGCAACAACCACCAGUAAAAAAAUUGAAAUGUCUAGUGAAAUUGUCGGCUUUAACUACUGGUGCUACCCUAUCAUUAGUGAACACAAUUAAUAGUCGUAAAACACCAAAUGAUGUAGUGCAAAUUUUGCUGCAAAUAUUAGAACAACUUCAGUUUCAGGAUUCGGAUAUCUCUAACAUUUUAAUUAAACUCAGUGAACAUUUUAAACAUCAAUCAGAUUCUACUGUCAAGAUAUUAAUAUUUUCUGUUUUAUCAGCUAUUGGGUCUUCAGAUGAAACUAGCGAAGAUAAUGUAUACAAAAUUGUCGAAGAAAUAUUUACUUUAAUGAAAGAAGUUAAAUCUCAGAAAAUCAAAACUAGUGGUCUAAAAACACUAUUAGCACUUGGAAAACGUAUGAAUCAUGAUAUGGAUCUUCAUUUGAAACUCACUAAUUAUGCUAAAGAAACAUUAGGAGAUUAUAGACCAAACAUAACAUGUGAGAGCUUAGAAGUAAUAGGUGAAUUAAUGCCUGUGAAAAUUCCACAAGAUUGUUUAGAAAUUCAUUCUGAAAUGCUAAAAUUAAUUGGAACUUAUACACAGCAUUAUAAUGCAAAAACAAGGAGUAAUGCUUUUAAUACAAUGGUUCGAUUGCAUGACCGAGGUAUUAGAUUAAACCCUGCUGUGUAUCUAGAUGUUUGUUCAGUUAUAAAUGAUGAUAAUGAAAUGGUGAGAGAAGCUGCUUUAAACGUAAUUUCAGUUUUAGGAAAUUAUUAUCCUGAAGAAAGAAUCAAAGGUAGUAAUGGUGAAGAAAUGGCUCGAAUGUCUGAUGAAGCAUUUGAAAAUAUAUGUAAUUUUAUGACUGAUAUAAGUUACCGAAUUCGCACUCAAGCAGCAAAGCUUCUUGGAUCUUUUCUAUCUGUCAGUACAAAUGUUUUGUUGAAGACACUAGAUCAAACAUUAAUGUCUAAUUUGCGUAGAAAACGAACUUCUAUUGAACGUGUUUGGGAGUGUUUAGCAAAGGGUACAGCUAUGAUGAGUGCAUUAAGCACUAAAGAUACACCACAAGAAAUGCUGGAUGCACAACAAGUUAGUUUGGUUAGCACAGGAGCUAGUGGUGCUUAUCUUCAUGGCUUAGAAGAUGAAUUUCUUGAGGUACGUAUAGCUACAAUAAGUUCUAUGUGUUCAUUGGCAACUAGACAUUCAGAAUUUGCAGUGAUUGCAAUGGAAUUCUUAGUAGAUAUGUUUAAUGAUGAAAUUGAAGAAGUACGCUUAAUAGCUAUUGAAAGUCUUGUGAAGCUUUCAUAUGCAUCUGGACUCCGUGAUGAUCAAGUGGAGAUUAUUUUAGCAGUGAUUGAAGAUUCAUCAAGUGUUGUGCGUGAAGGCUUACAUAAUAUAUUUGCAUCAUUUGAACUAUUAAAUCAAGAAGGAUUGAUGAUGUGCACUAACAGAUUAAUUGAAAGUUUAAAAAAAUAUCCAGAGGACAAAAAAUCUAUAUGGAAUUGUAUGAAAAAUUUAGGACUAAGACAUCCAACAUUGACAUUGGCAUUAGUACCUGAGUUGUUGGCGAUUCAUCCUAUGUUUGAAACUCCUGAGCCAAAUGUAGAAGAACCAUCGUAUGUAAGUGUGUUGAUUUUAGUAUUCAAUGCGGCAUCCAAGUGUAAUUCUAUUAUAUCUUUACUCGAGGAUAAAACAAUUAAACACUAUAGUUACUUAAGAGACAUAAUGCCUCAUUUAGUACCAUCUUUGCAACUAGGUGGACGUUUAUCAAUAAGUCAAGUAGAAUUAAGACCUACUGAGUCAGAUUCACCUAAAUCCCUUGAACUUCUUGAAUCAUUAAUCAAUCAAGUAUCUGUAGUCAAAGGUAGUACUAAAGUUAAAAUUAGUUUGCUGGAAACUUUCUAUCAUAAUCUUAUACGACUGGCUCAACUUGAUCAAUCUGUGAAUGGUACAGCAGAGCUUAGUGCAUUAUAUAUGCAUAGUCAAUUAUUAUUGAAUAAAGUAUUAAAUAAUAAUAAUAAAACAUUUUAUUCAAAUGCUGUAUCUACUCAUCAAGCAAAUAAUGUGCGCACAAAUAUUUCACAGUUAUUGCAGAAUACUUUAAAAAUGCAGUACUUGUUUGUUGGCUUAAGUGUUCAAGAAUUAGCUAGUAUAAAACAAUUCAAAUUAAAGGUUAUAGCUCUCCUUCUUGUAUAUAUUGUUAAUGCUACAAACCAAUCGGCUAGAACACUGAGUCAUUAUUUUUUAACACAGUUAGAAGAUACUAUUAAGUAUAUUAGUGAACAUGAUCUACAGCUUGAAUCAUUCACUUCUGUUGUUUUUAAAGAAUUGUCUCAAUUAGAAGAAUCGAAACCAGGAAUUGUAGCUAAAUUACUUUUACCCAUAUUGCAAAGUUCUGAACCUACUCCACCACCUAAACCAAACACUAAUAUCAAAAUGUGUAAGGUUGUUAUUAACCGUCCACAAGGUGGCCCAGAUACCACUCAUAAGUUAUCAGCAGGCUUAAUUCUUCCUAUCCCUUUAAAUGCAGAGUUGUACAGUUUACAAACAGAGUCAUUAUCUUUAUUGCGUUUAAAAAUCAAAUAUCCUGAUCAACAAACACAUUUAAUCAUGCCACCAAGAAAUCACUUGCGUCUAGUAAAUCUCAGUAAUGAGUCAUAUUAUCUACUUGAUACUAAUGCAUUAAUAUCACAUCGUUCUGAGUGGUCAGAAGCGUGUUUUGUUGAGCUGAGCUUAGCAUUUGAUUUAACUGAAACAGAAGGAGCUCUGGCACAUGUUCUACCUCCUACACAACCAUGUAUUGUUGAUUUAUGCAAACCAGUCAAACUUAAAGUGCACCCUAAACCUGUAAGACGUGGAAUGUGAAUAAAUUAACUUUUUUUUUAUUAUAUACAUGAAGACAAAUAUUAACAGUUUACAAUAUUAUCAAUUAUGA